CGCGCUCUUAUUCUUCUUCCGAUAUUCUCCCAUCUCCCUCACCAUUAUGUUCUCUCUGACCACCAUCUCUUUCUAGCUUUCUCCCCAUCUUUGUCUCCUUCCCUUGCGAAUUGUCAUGUUACCACCCCACUCACGCAUUCUCUCCAUAGUCCAAAAACUCCAGAGUGCUCCAUUUCAAACCUCUCCAUCAUUGCACAUUUAUGCCCGCAUUUGCCCUCCCCACCCUCCAUCCUUAUCUCCAAACACUAAGUUACUGCUGCAUUUACCAAGAUACCGCUUCAUCCCAGGUUCCCAACUUUCAUAUCAAGACCCCACCACCCUCCCAAGCUCAAAGUUACCAAACUGUCCUCAAAAACCACCGCCUUUAGCUUCAUUACCUUCCUCGCCUCCAUGAAUCCCACAACUGAAACAGAGCACCUCCCACCCCUCCCCACCACCACCACCAGGAGCUUGAAGAGAGCCCACCCCAUGGCUUCAGCCCGAGGCUCCAAGACCUCCCCCUCUUCUCCCUCCUCCUCUUCUUCUCCCCCUUCCUACUACUCUCCCAGUAUCACCCACCUGGACUAUGACCGCCUCUUCUCCAUCCUCCACCUCCUCCCCCCUGAGUCCAUCCUCUCAUUCUCCAUGACCUGCAGGAGGCUCAGAUCUUUAGCCUCCUCAGACUCUCUCUGGGAGUCCAUAUGCAGGAGGGAUUGGGGCAGCAGCGUCGUGGACGCCCUCCUCGCCUCCUUCUCUGCCCGCGAGAGGAGGGAGUUGUCUUGGAAGAGGCUCUACCGGCAAGUUUCCCAGCUGGGCUCGCUCUCUUGCCGCAGGUUAUCGUGCAACGAUGGGAUCUUUCCCAAGCCCCGGGCCUCCCACUCCCUCAAUUUCGUCUCCGAUUGGCUCGUUCUCUUCGGUGGGGGCUGCGAAGGAGGGCGCCAUUUGGAUGACACAUGGGUGGCAUACAUUGGAAAUGGAUUCAACAGGGUACUAAGUUGGCAGCAUGUCAAUUCAGGCAUCCCAAGCGGACGUUUUGGACAGACCUGCACCCUAGUCGGCGACUCCCUCGUUCUCUUUGGUGGCAUCAAUGACAAUGGAGUCCGCCUAAAUGAUACGUGGGUUGGGCGAGUCAAGUGCGAAGGACCACUUGAGCUCAAGAUCUCAUGGAGACUACUUGAUGUGGGCCCCCUUGCACCUCCUCCUCGUGGAGCCCAUGCCGCAUGCUGCACUGGAGACAGGAGAGUGGUGAUCCAUGGAGGGAUUGGACUGUCCGGCCUACGACUGAGUGAUACUUGGCUUCUGGAUCUAUCGGAUGACCUUAGAUCUGCUAGAUGGCAUCAGAUCCCAAAUGUCCAGCCAUCACCUCUGCCUCGUUCAGGCCAUUCACUGACAUGGAUUGGUGGGACCUGCAUGGUUCUUUUUGGCGGAAGGGGCUCACGUUAUGAGGUGCUCAAUGAUGUAUGGCUCUUUGACAUCGGUGGAGACCAUCCUGAAUGGAAGGAGCUCAAAUAUGAUCUAUCCAAUGUACUGGGUGAGAUGCCCCUUCCACGGGUCGGUCACUCGGCUACACUCAUAUUGGGAGGCAGGGUUCUGAUAUAUGGUGGAGAAGAUUCACAGAGGCACCGGAAAGAUGACUUCUGGCUUUUAGAUAUUAGUUCUCUAAUGAGGUUUCGGUCAGUUAGUCCUAAGAAAACAUCAAGAAUAAUGUGGAAGAAGUUGCAGGUUGAAGGGCAGUGCCCUGAUUACAGGUCAUUUCAUGGGGCAUGCACCGACCGGUCAGGGCGGUACGUUUACAUGUUUGGUGGGAUGGUCAAUAGCGUUGUUCAUCCUGCUGAAGCCUAUGGGUUGAAGUUUGAUGGGGAGCUGUAUCAAGUGGAGCUUGUGCUGCAGUUGUGAAGCAUAGAAACAUAAGUCCAGUUACUGUAGUCAUGUGCUGCAGUUUAUUGUACUAAAGAGACUGUCAUCAGAGUAUCAGAGUGCUGAAUCUAAUGUAUAGAUACCAGUAAUCUGAUGAGAUGCAGCUCGCUGUCAGCACCUAUCAGCUAAAAUCCUUAUUCUUUUAUGCAGGCUAAAUUUUCCAACUGUAUUUCUUCAAAAGGUGCAGGAAAGUUUGUUCUGCUUUAA